AUGAUCGAUCUCCAGAUCCAUUUUGACGGCACCCAGCCCAAUUACAAAGGCAUGAAACCGUUUUCACAACCAAGCCCGCUGUCGCCUUGGCUGAAUACCAUCCCUCCUGGCCAGCGAUCAGAUUGCGAUCCUGUGCUCAUGUCUUAUUUCGAACACAUCAUCUGCAGCAGCUCAACUCUCGUCGAUAAUGUACAUUACAAUCCAUAUCGAUAUCUCAUACUACCCAUGGCCCUGCAGUCCCAGGGACUAUAUCAUGCCGCCCUAGCCAUCGCAGCCAAUACACUCAAGCUGUCAGAUCAGCGGUACCGGCUUCCGGCAUUGGAGCAUCAUCAUCGGGCAUUAAAUCACCUGCGCGGUCUAUUGAAUAAAGACGACUGGGCGGAAAAUGAGCUGGAUGAGAUGCUUGGACUGGUCUUAAUGUUAUGCUGGUUUGACAUCUCAGAUAACAGUCGCCCUUCAUGGGUUACCCAUCUCAACGGGUUCCAAAAUUUAAUUCGGACACGAAAAGAACGCCCCGGUCGCUCAUGUCACAGUCAAGAUCUGGCCAGUUUCUUCAAUCGUUACUUCGCCUUCCACUUAGUUCUAGCCCGCACUGCGUUUCGCAUCACCCCUCCCUCAUCUCAUAUAUCGCCUCUUCUCCCGGACAGUAUAUUGGAAAAAUCAGACACGAUUGAUCCGUACAUGGGAUUGAGCCCUGCUCUCCUAUUGAUGAUCAAUCAAGUAGCAGAACUAGCGUGGGCUUGUGAGGAUGGCAACAUAAAAAUCAACCGUAAAGAUGCUCAUCAACUCAAGACGGACCUUGAUAGCCUUCAACAAAAGAUACCCACGGAAAAUAUCGAUCCUAACAUGGAGUGUGCCGCAAUCGCAGAAGCGAACAGGCUCGGGGCCCUUCUUCUUCUCCACGAGAUCUGUUCAACUAAAGCACCUAUUAAUCGCUCUGGUAUCCCGACAGUGGAAUCUGAGGAGAAGAAUGUUUAUGUUGAACGGAUAUUGACGUUGGUGUUGGAAAAGAAGGUAAAUAUGAUGCGUACUGCAGUUACGCCUUUAUGGCCUCUUUUCCUGGCAGGGUGUUGUGCUCACAGGGAAGAGGAGAGGGUCACUGUAUUACAGUUGUUUAAAGAGCUGGAGGAUAUUCGUCGAUUUGGGAACAUUACCCCUGCGAUUGAAGUUGUCGAAAUGGUCUGGCGCCAGCGGGAUCUGUCGGUGCAGGAUGAAAGAAGACUCCAGAAAAGGCUCAGUGCACAGCGGCAGAAAGAUCCCUUGCAGGAAACCCGGUUCUCGUGGGAGCAUGCCAUGGUCAUGUUGGGUGGGUGGAAACUCAGCUUGACUUGA